CGGGUCGGAUCUGGGUACGGCAUCGACCCAUCAAUGGAGUAACGAGGAGUGAAAGUAAGGAGAAGAAGCAUCGGGAAUACUCUUUUACUUGUCCACGAAGAUUCGUAACAAAACUCCGAAAUUCAUUAAAAUACCCACCCAACAUUUCAAAAUUUCUGUCACAACUUCACGAAGAAAAAAAUUUAACAAAUUUCAAUCAAUUCAUUGGUAAGCAGAAUCAAUUCAUGGAAAGAGGAAGGGGAAGGUGGGGUUCAGUAUCACGUGGAAUGCUACCUCUAUUAGCACUCAAUACACUAACCGAAUAUUACAGGCUUGACAGAAAACCACCGGUUACAGCAGGACUUCUUGCUGCUAAUACAAUUAUAUACUUAAGACCCAGUUUUCUUGAUCCUGUAAUCCCGAGCAUUAAUGAAGUCUGGUUUAAUCCUCAUCUCAUCCUUAAGUACAAGGACCUGAAACGAUUCUUCCUAUCAGCAUUCUACCAUUUGAAUGAAUCUCACCUAGUGUACAAUAUGCUUUCACUUCUGUGGAAGGGGAUUCAGUUGGAGACAUCAAUGGGAACUGUAGAAUUUGCAUCGACAGUUGCAGCCUUAGUUGCUAUGUCACAGAGCAUCACACUAUUGCUUGCAAAGUCACUUCUGCUGUUCUUUGACUAUGAGCGGCCCUACUACCAGGAAUAUGCUGUGGGGUUUUCUGGUGUCCUCUUUGCCAUGAAAGUUAUUCUCAAUGCACAAUCAGAUGAUUAUACUUACGUGCAUGGGCUGUUGGUACCGACUCGUUAUGCUGCCUGGGCGGAAUUGAUUCUCAUACAAAUGUUCGUCCCUGGUGUCUCAUUUCUUGGCCACCUUGGUGGAAUACUUGCCGGCCUUCUGUUUUUGCGUUUGAAAGCAUCGUAUUCAGGUGCAAAUCCACUGAGGACGAUCAUCGGAGGUCUUAGCCAUGCAUUGAACUGGCCUUUAAGGUUUGUGAAGUGCUUAUUCCGAAGGCAACCAAGAAUUGCUGGUAGAGGAACCGUUGGUGGGAGACAGACGGGAGAUACAUCUCAAGUGUGGAGAUGCCAAACAUGUACAUUUGAUAAUUCAGGCUGGUUAAGUAUUUGUGAGAUGUGUGGCACAAGUCGUACUGACGAUGGGCUGUCAUCUCUUGAUUCAAUAGAUGAGAUUCAAGACCUAUCCUUGGAUGAACUGCGGCGUUGGAGACUUCAAAGAUUUGGUAGACGAUAAGAGAGGUUGUCUCAAUAGCUUUCUCUGGAAAUAGUCACAUAGAAGUAGGGUUGUAGAGGUCUGAAGAUGCCACAUAGGACAUGUUGUAUAAUCUCUGUGCUUAUAGUCAGGGAAAGCAGUAAUUAUCUUACUGUUCAGGAACAACAGCCGUUUCUCCAUUUAGGAUGUGGAAGAGAUCUAGCAUACUUUAGAAGCAUACAAGUCAUUUACUUAACAUAUGUAAAGGUUGAUCAGUGGCAAAUUCAUCAAAAGGGUGGUUCCGCUUUAUGUCGACCAUUGAAAUUUUAUGCUAAUUUCCAUUUUACUUCAA